AUGGCGCCUUCCAAUCCUCUCGCAAACUGGGAGAAGAUUGGAGACAGCUUCUAUCGCAAGAUUGCCGUCUAUGACGCCAUCUUUGAGGAAGACGUGGAAUUGGAGAACUACAUCGCCGUAGGCGCCCCUUACGGCGGAGCUAUUGGUAGGAGUGCAAUCUUCGAAUUCGGUCUUGAACUAACCGUGAAUCUGUUAGCAAUCUAUCGCGAUGAAAGCAAGCCAUUUAGGCUGCGCGACGCUGGGUCCUCUCGGUCAACGAUCGACAUUUAUUCCUCCUCUGGACAGCCGAUUAAUCGCAUUAAUUGGGAACAAGCUACUAUCCGCGGAUUAGGCUGGUCCGACAAGGAAGAGCUCCUGAUUGUCUCCGAGGAUGGCACCGUACGCCGUUACUUCGGCCUGGACGGCGAGUUUACUUCUUUCUCGCUUGGAAACAGCGCCGAAGAAUAUGGCGUGAGAGCUUGCCAGUUCUGGGCCUCAGGCCUCGUGGCAUUACUUUCUAAUAACCAGUUGAUCGCUGUGUCCAAAUAUGAUGAACCGCGUCCACGGCUCUUGGCACCUUGCCCAGAAGGCGAGGUAUCAUCUUGGGCCUUGAUUCCACCAGCACAAACUCUAUCUCGUUCCGUCGAGGUCCUCCUGGCUGUCGACAAGACGGUCUUCUCUGUUGACUCAACAGAAGCAGAAGACAAGAUCCUGCAAGACGGUCCUUUCAAACACGUCAGUGUGUCUCCCACUGGACAAUUUGUCGCACUCUUCACUGCCGAAGGGAAAUUAUGGGUUGUUAGUAAUGACUUCCAAAACAAGUUCAGCGAAUACGACUCGAAGUCUCGCGUUCCCCCAAGCACAGUGAAUUGGUGUGGUGAUGAUGCAGUGGUUCUUGCAUGGGAAGAUGAAAUUCAUCUCGUUGGACCAAACGGGGCCGCAUCAAAAUACUAUUAUGACGGCCGAGUUCAUGUUAUACCUGAGUUUGAUGGAGUUCGUCUUCUCACGAAUGAUACAUGCGAGUUCCUACACAAGGUUGCCGGUGUCACUGAAGAGAUAUUCCGUCUGGGCUCAUCUUCCCCUGCUUCAGUACUGCUGGAUUCAGUAGAUCAGCUUGAGAAGAAAUCACCCAAAGCCGACGAGAACAUUCAAAGAAUUCGAUCAAGUUUACCAUCUGCGGUGGACACUUGUAUCAAAGCAGCAGGUCAAGAAUUCGAUGCUUAUUGGCAGAAGCGCCUUCUCAAAGCUGCCUCAUUUGGAAAAUCUGUGCUCGAACUCUACAACAGUGACGAGUUCGUGGAAAUGACAGAAAAGCUACGAGUUCUGAAAGCAUUGAGAGACUAUAAGAUUGGCUUACCUCUGUCUUACGAGCAAUACCUGCGCCUUUCACCGGAGGGCCUCAUAGAACGAUUGAUUAGUCGACACGAUUACUUGCUCGCGAUUCGAGUUUCUGAGUACUUGCAGAUUCCAGCUGACAAGAUUUAUGUCCACUGGGCAAGCCAAAAAGUCAAAGUCUCGACAGUCGAUGAUGAGGCUGUCUGCAAGCUCAUUGUCCAAAGGCUCGAAAACAAGCCUGGAAUCUCUUUCGAGGCUAUCGCCCAGGCUGCUUACGAUGAAGGUCGAUCACAUCUAGCCACCCAGUUGUUGAACCAUGAACCACGAGGUGGCAAGCAAGUUCCAUUACUUCUUAACAUGGAGGAAGACGAACUUGCUCUUGACAAGGCUAUUGAAAGUGGCGAUGAUGACCUAGUCAACUUCGUGCUUCUGCAUCUCAAAAGCAAGCUCCCUCUGGCGAGCUUCUUUCGCAUGAUCAACACUCGUCCUAUGGCCUCCGCGCUUGUGGAGACAGCUGCUCGCGGUGAAGAUGUGGAAUUACUCAAAGAUCUUUUCUACCAAGAUGACCGACCCAUUGACGGCGCAAAUGUUCUAUUAACAGAAGCCUUACGGGAUGCGGAUUUGGCCCAUCGAACCGAAAAGCUUCAACUGGCGUCUCGCCUUCUAUCAGAUUCGAAGGAACCAACUGUGGUGCUACAUCAGAAAUUGGUCUCCGAAGCCUCCCAGCUGUUGAAAGCCCAGGAUGUGCUGGAUAAAGACCUGGCUGAUCAUAGUGAGUUCGUUGGUCUUAGUCUAAACGAAACGGUCUACAGACUCGUUCGAGGUGGUUACAGCAAAAGAGCACAGAAGAUCCAGAGUGAAUUCAAAAUGCCCGAAAAGACAUUUUGGUGGUUGAGAUUGAGGGCUUUGGUGGCCAAACGCGACUGGGGUGAACUGGAAGAAAUCGCUAAGAUGAAAAAGUCCCCAAUUGGGUGGGAGCCCUUUUACAACGAAGUUCUGGGCGCCGGAAACACAAAGCUUGCUUCGGUCUUCGUCCCGAAGUGCACCCACCUACCGCCCGCGGAGCGAAUCGAGAUGUGGAUGAAAUGCGGGAUGAUUGUGAAGGCGGGCGAAGAGGCCCAAAAGAGCAAGGAUCUCAAUGCCUUGGAACUGCUUCGAACGAAAGCCUCUGGUCCAGCAGCCACUGAGAUUGAGCGCAUGAUCAACCAGCUUAGGCCGAGGAAAUGA